AGACAAUUGCACACAGCUUAAAAAGAUCAAAAGCAAUAUGUGCCCACAACUUAAAAGCAGCAAAAGCAAGUAGAAUGAUCGAGUUCAUAGAUCUGGCCUAUCGAACUAAAAGGAAGUAUGCUGAAAAGAAAAGGAAGCUAAACAAGGUGGUACUUUGUUGAAAGAUUUGGUAAUCCCAGAGCCAGCUCCAAGGGUGGCCUGCAUAACCAGUUGCCUAGGGCCUCCCAAAUAAGGGGGCUUCAUAUUUUCUUAAGUGCUUUAGCUUACUUUUUAGCUUUUGAUUAUAUUAGGCGAGUCUAAAAAAAUUAUUAAAACUACUUCUGAUCAACUAUGUUUUAAAAACAAUCAAACGACUUGACUAUAUUAUUUAUUAAAAAAUAAUACCAAAAUUUAAUUACAAUGAUCUGAUUGAAUAAUUUUAGUUAUGAAAAAGUAAGAAAAAUAUCACUUUUUUUUCUUAAUUUUAGUUAUACAUUCUUUGGUUUCAUUUAUUGCAUCUGUAAAAUUAUUCUUGUAUUCUUUAUUACUGGCAAGUUUGUUAUGCAACAGCGGCCUCCCUAUAAUUGUAUUGCAAAUUCUGUUAUUUUGUUUUUUUGCUUUUACUGGCACAAUUGUGUGCUAGCAAUAUUUCUUAUUCUUGUAUAGGAGUAGGGAGCAAGUAAUAAUUGUAUAUAUAUAGUAUCACUUGUAUUACUUACCAGUAGUGAAUGUACAUAUAUUAUUCCCUCAAAUUCUUUUACCAUUUGUUCAUGAUAUCAGAGCAGGUCAAGGUCUAGUGCCUGUGAUUUUAUGAGCCACAAUGGCUGAUACUGAAACUACAACCACCACAGCAGCUUUGUGAGCAAACAAAGAAAAUGAGAUAGCUUACAAUAACAAUGGUGAUCCUUACUUCCUUCAAAGUUCAAACCAUCCUAGGAUGGUGUUGGUGACUGCACCACUAAUAGGGAACAACUACCUCACCUGGAGCAGAUCGAUGAGGAUUGCUUUAGGUACUAAACUGAAGCUGGAUUUUAUUGACGGCAGAAUCACUAUGCCAGAAGAAGGCAGUGCUGAGUUUGAGCUCUGAACUAGGAUUAAUUACAUGGUAACAUCCUAGAUCUUAAAUUCUAUUUCUAAAGACAUUGUGGAUGGUUUUCUAUAUACCACCACAUCAAAGGAAUUGUGGGAUGAAUUAGCUAAAAGAUUUGGGGAAAGUAAUGGACCUCUGUUGUACCAAAUCCAAAGAGACAUUUCUUCAAUAUCCUAAGAAAAUGAUUCAGUUGCAAUAUAUUAUACUCGACUGAAGAAACUCUGGGAUGAGUUUGCUUAUCUUAUGCCGUUACCACCCUACACUUGUGGAGCUACACAAAUUAUGGCCGAUUUUUACUCAAUGAACAAACUGAUGCAGUUUCUUAUGGGAUUGAAUGACUGCCGUGACAAUACCAGAAACCAGAUUCUAGUCAUGGAUCCAUUGCUAAGUGUGAAUCGAGUCUACUCUAUGCUUCUCAGAGUAGAAAAACUAAAGGAAGUUCAUGUGAAUUUCAAUAAAAAUGCUGAUGCAAUAGGAUUGCUUGCAAAGAUUCAGGGUAAUUUUAAAUCUGUCAAGAAAGAGGGCGCAGGAAGAAACAACUUCAGGAGGAAGGAGAAGGAAAGACAAACUUGUGAGCAUUGUAGUAUGAAAGGGCGUACCAAGGAAGAAUGUUUCAAGCUGCAUGGAUAUCCAGAUUGGUACAAAGAAUUGAAGGGACAACAAAGGAAAACUGGUGGAAAAGCUAUGGUUAAUAUGGCUGAUUCACCAUUGGAUCUCAAUUCUGAUGACGGACAAGUGGAAAUAGCUAGUCUUGUGUAACAAGAGGUCAUGAGGAUCAUGAAAGGAAAAGGAGGCCCAAAAAGCAUCUCUGCUAAC